UCUAUAUGCAAAAAUUUUAAAAAAAGCGGAUAAAGCACAUAACACAUAAGCUACAUAAAUACACAAAAACUUAUCUAUUACAGUGGGGAAUCUAACUACAAUCUAAAAUGGGGAAAUAAAAAAAAAUCCUAUCUACCCUAUAUAUUAUAAUAGGGGACCUAAUUACAAUCUAAGAUGGAAAAAAUAUGAUAAAAUAAACCUAGUUAUCCUAUCUAUUACAUUAAGCUAUCUAAUUACAAUUUUUGUAAAGAAUAUUACCUAUCUAUUACAUUUUGAGGUAUUUAAAUACCUCCCAAAUAAUUAUAAAAUUAACUAAACAAACAUAAGAAAAUUUGAAUGAACAUUUGAAUCAAAUAAAUAAAGCAUAUAAAAAUAUAUAAACACAUAAGAACAUGUAAGAGCAUAUAAGAGCACGUAAUCGACAUUUAAAUAAUAUUAGGGGUACCUCCAUUUUUGAAGUGGUAAUUCAAUAGAGUCAAAUUGUCCUAGUUAUAUCCAAAAUGAACAAAAGAAUCAUGGUACCAAUUUAAUUGAAAAUAAUAAUAAUGAUAAAAUACUAAAUUCACAUUAACAUGUCAAACAUAAAGGAAUUUAAGAACAUCUAAAAAUCACAAGUUAAAUAUGUUCAAAAGUAACAUAAUUAGCUAUUAAAGAAAAUAAACAAUUAUAAUAGACUGUCAAAAUUCACUAGGGACCGAAUUGCAAAAAUUAAAAAUUGUUGGGGUAAAAAAUAAUUUUUCCAAAAUUUAGGGGUCAAAAUUAAAUAAAAGAUAAAGUUUAGGGACAAAAUUGAAAUUAAAUUAAGGACCUAAUUAAAAAUUUUAAAAUUCUGGACCACAAUAAAAUUACUCCAAAGAUUAGUGGCUAAAGUGCAAAUUUCAGUUUCUGGUUUGGGCAAGAAAAGGCCAUCGGGCCUUUUUUUUUGCUUGGGCCGAAAAUUCCUAAACCCAGUCGAAACCCAAAACAAAUAAGCGGUCCAGCCUAUCCUUUUAUCACUCAAGCCCGACCAAAAAUGCAUGGGGUCUGACCUCCUAGCACAAGCCGAAACCCAAAAGAAACAAACCAAAACCCAUUCCCAUAACUUAACCAAAAUAACCAUAAGCCCACCACACAAAAAAAAACAUUAGCCCAACACUUUUUUUUUUCUUUCUUUUCCUUCUUUUCUUUUUCUUCUUCUUCUUCUUCAGUUUUCUUCUUCUUCCACCCGAGAAGCUGAAUCUUCUCCUUGCUGGCGGCUAUGGCCACCUCCGGCGGAGCCAGCGCCGGACCGCCACCGGACGCAAAAUUUUCGGUUACCAAAUUUUCUCAAAAUACACCCCCUCACUCGAUUUUUUGCGUAGAUUCCAUUUUUGGGCUUAGUUUUUACAAAAAAGGAACCAAAAGUGGCGAAAAUAGCAAAAGUCAGUCCAGUUUUAUUUUUUUUUCAACACUCAAAUCUUCACCAAAAACCAUAAAAUUUAGAGUGAAUGGCCCAAAAGGUCAUUAAACUAUUAAAAAUGGCACCCUUUCGUCAUCAAACUUUUUUUGUGGUCCAAAAAGUCACUAAACUCACAAAAACGCACUAGCGAGGUCAUUUUACUGAUUUUUAGCAGUUUCUCAUCCGGUGGCACCGGCAAGGUGGAGUGGAGGAAUAUUUUUUAAGGGGCAAAAAUGUCCAAUAAAAUAUGACAGACCUGUUUUGUCCCCGCAAGCCGUGCCCUUGGAUCUAAAACUUCAUUGAGCCCUUCUUUCAUCUAUUAGACAAAUCUUCUUUCAUCUUCCCCAUUCUUGCGGCUCACCACUUCAAAAUCUACUCUUGUGGCUCUCGGAAUGCCAUGACUAUAAUAGACUCCGACAAGACUCUUAUUUGCCUCCGCAACGCCUGCAAUUUCGUCGGCAACCUCGUCAGGUUAAAAGGGCAGUUUCUUUUCGUCAACACCAACACCCUUUUCGACGAAAUCAUCGAGGAAAUGACGAAAGCUAUUGGGAUUAAGAAUGACAAGUCGUGGCGUCUUGAAGGCUUUUUAACAAACAGUUCGAGUCCCAAAAAGUUUCGCGGCCGGAAUAAGAAGUUGAACUUGGGAGCCAUUCACGCUCCUGAUUGUGUGGUGAUUUUCGAUACGGAGAGGAAGUCUUCGGUUAUUUUGGAGGCUGAAUGGUUGCAAGUUCCGAUUGUGGGGCAUGUUGAUUCGAGUAUGCCGUGGGAAACUUAUAAGAAGAUUACUUAUCUGAAAGAAGAUUUCUCUCUGAAUAGAUGAAAGAGAGACUCAAUGAACUUUUAGAUCUAAGGGCACGGCUUGCGGGGACAAAACAGGUCUGUCAUAUUUUAUUGGACAUUUUUGCCCCUUAAAAAAUAUUCCUCCACUCCACAUUGCCAGUGCCACCGGAUGAGAAACCGCUAAAAAUCGGUAAAAUGACUCCUCUAGUGCGUUUUUGUGAGUUUAGUGACCUUUUAAGCCACAAAAAAAGUUUGAUGGCCAAAGGGUGCCAUUUUCAAUAGUUUAGUGACCUUUUGGGCCAUUCACUCUAAAAUUUAUACUACAACACUCCUUGUGAUUUUUACAACAUAACUAUGAACGGAAAUUAAUAAAAGCAACAACAAAUAUGACAAAAUUAAAUCAAAACAGUCCUAAAAAUAAAAAAAAAAUCCUUCAAUACUUUUGAGACUCAAAACUCCAAAAACUUGGAUAACCAAACAUUUUCCGGGCCUUGUGCUAGUUAGGACCAUCUAUCUUGACAAAAUAAGCACAAAAGAUUCACUAAAUUGAUUCAUUUUUCGGUUUGACAUUUUUACAAACACUUAAUAUGCAUUCACAGAAAUCCUCUUUUCCUCUUAAUAUUAUUCGUGACUUACCCCAAAAAAUUCAACAAACACCAGCAGCCAAUUUCUUUCACAAAACCCACAAAAUUAUUGAUCAUCAAGGCCGAAGAAAAGAAGAGAAAAAAAAACCGAACCAGUUUGCAUUAAAAAAAGAAUCAAAUAAAUCUUUGCCAAUUUUCCAGGAGCUAUCUCGUUGGAGUCAAAAUAAAAAUAAAAGGAGA